GCUCGGUCCGGAGGAGACGGGGCUCGGCGGCGGCCGGGCGGGGAGGAGGAGGAGAAGGAGGAGGAGGAGGAGGGAGGCACCGGCUGCGGCACCGAGGCAGGAAGCGGCGGCCGCUGGGGGGGUGGGGGGAGGGGAAGGAGACAGAAAAAACAAAAAGAAAAAAGAAGCAAAACAAGGCGGCGGCGGCAGCGGAGGCUUCGUCGCGGCCAGGCUCGCCGGCUACUGAAGCGCCUCCCGACUCCCCGGAGCCGGUGUCGCGGCAGCCCUUCCCCCUCCCGGCAGCAGCGUCCCCCGCGGCGACCCUCCCGGCGCCCGGCCGGUUUACAUGAGGGGGAAGGAAGCGCGCCUGGAGCCCAGAAGACGCGCAGCAGGGGAAGGACUGCUCCGAGGAGCCGCCGCCGGACCCCGCGUCCUGGUUAGUCCGCCGGGCCCCCCCUCCGCGGCGCCCAGCGGCCGAGACCCUGUCCCGUAAUCUCCGGGCGAUUUGGGAGAACCGGUUAAACACCUUCCAUGGGGGAGAGAGGAGCCCGGCCCCCCGCCGCCUGCACCUUCCCCUCCCUGCCGGAGGCUGCUCCUCUCCUGAGGUAAAAAAAAAUAAAUAUCUCCCUCCUGCCUUCCCCCCGACAACAGGACUCUUGCGAGGGAGGGGGGACACCGCGGAGGGCACCCCAGAGAGAGCCGGGGCCUGGCGAGCCCAGCCCGCCCCGCUGGAUGCCGAGUCCCUGAGGAGUGAGGCGGACCCGCGUAUCCACCCGGCCCCGCAGCCAGGCUCUGCGGGGAACCCGCCGAUCUCGGUGGAAGGAGGUGAACCCCGCACCAGAAACCACCCUCCCGGCAGCCGUGAGAGCAAGGAAAGAAAAAAAAACCACCCGUCCUUCCCCCUCUUCCUGCACAACUCCCCUCCCUUCCCUUUUCCCGAACGCUGAAUGCUGAUUUCUGAGAUGAAAAUCUUCCUCUCUGGACAGCCGGGACUCAUAUGAAGGACACGCAAAUACUGGAUCAUAAAUAAGAAGCGAGUCUGGCGAGCUCAGAAACCCAGCCCAAAAGGAGCAGCAUCAAGAAUCCACCCUUCUCCUGCACAACUCACUCCCCACCCAACACACAGAGAAUACUAAUUUCCUGAGAUAAGAUCUUACCCCUUUAAACAACCACACACACACAGUGUGUAUUAUUACUAAAUAUAAUAGGUUAAACCCAGCAGCACGGGAAAAAGCCUCUUCUGUAACUCACUCCCCCUUUUCACCCUUCUGAAUGCUGAGAUCUUGAGGUAAAUUUUUCCUUUACCCACAGCAAAGACUCUUUUUGAACAGGACACAAAUAUAUAUUAGAUUAUAGAGAUGUAUUAAAUUAUUCCAGAUUUAAAUCUAUUUUUUGCUGCCAAGGGGUCAGGGGACCAGACGUCAUUGUAUAUAUAUUUUUUUUUUCCUCCCUCUUAACUCAUUUAUGGGCGAGUCAAGGCUGCUGAAGAGGAAAAAAACAGGAUAGUUAGAAUCUCUUUAUUCUCCAGAAGCUUUUUCUCUCAUUGCUGUGCAUUUCCUUUAGAAAAAGGAAACCUCUUAUUUUGUGAACCAAAGAUUUAUUUUUUUUCCCUUCCUCCUGGCCAAAGGAAGGAAACGGACACAAAUUGACACAUUUAAAUAGUUGAAGAGAUAUCUAUCUUUUGCAAAAAAAAAAAAAAAAAGAAAACAAACAUCUUUAUCCAAAUCUGAAACAAAUAGCGUGGAGGGAGAAACUGGAAUAUCUAGCUAAAAACAGGAUUCUUACUAAUCUCGCCUCAGAGGAGGACGAGGUAAACACUAAACAUCAACUUGUUCUUACAGGGAGGAUUCAAACCCUAAAUAUAAUAAAUGGGGGAUUACGGGUUUGGAGUGUUAGUACAAAACAACACUGGAAAUAAGUCAGCUUUUCCAGUCAGAUUUCAUCCACAUCUGCAGCCUCCACACCAUCAUCAAAAUGCAACCCCCAGCCCUGCUGCUUUUAUAAAUAAUAACACAGCUGCCAAUGGCAGUAGUGCUGGGUCAGCUUGGCUCUUUCCUGCUCCAGCUGCCCAUAAUAUUCAGGAUGAGAUUCUGGGGUCAGAAAAAUCUAAAACUCAGCAACAGGAAAAGCAAGAGUCCCUAGAAAAACAGCAGCUUUCCCCUGGUCAAAGUCAGGAAGCAGGCAUGCUCUCUGAACCUGAGAAAGCUAAAACUGAAGAAAACCAGGGCGAUAAUUCUUCAGAGAACGGCAAUGGAAAGGAGAAAAUAAGAAUAGAAUCGCCGGUGUUAACAGGAUUUGAUUAUCAAGAGGCUUCGGGGCUAGGUACUUCAACGCAGCCCCUGACAUCCACUGCAUCUUCUCUGACCGGUUUUAGUAACUGGUCUGCAGCUAUAGCUCCUUCUUCUUCUACAAUAAUCAAUGAAGAUGCAAGUUUUUUUCACCAGGGAGGGGUCCCUACUGCCUCAGCUAACAAUGGUGCUCUGCUGUUUCAGAAUUUUCCACAUCACGUCAGCCCUGGCUUUGGUGGUAGCUUUUCCCCCCAAAUUGGACCCCUCUCUCAACACCACCCUCAUCACCCCCAUUUUCAGCAUCAUCACAAUCAGCAUCAGCAACAGAGGAGGUCUCCUGCAAGUCCUCAUCCACCUCCAUUCACACAUAGAAAUGCUGCUUUUAAUCAAUUGCCUCAUUUGGCUAAUAAUCUUAAUAAGCCACCUUCUCCAUGGAGCAGCUACCAAAGUCCAUCGCCUACACCAUCUUCAUGGAGCCCUGGUGGCGGUGGAUAUGGUGGGUGGGGUGGGUCCCAAGGUCGAGACCACCGCAGGGGACUGAACGGAGGGAUAACACCCCUGAACUCCAUCUCACCCUUAAAGAAGAAUUUUGCAAGUAAUCAUAUCCAGUUGCAGAAAUAUGCUCGACCCAGCUCAGCCUUUGCUCCGAAAUCGUGGAUGGAAGACAGUUUGAACAGAGCUGACAACAUUUUUCCUUUUCAGGAUCGCACAAGGACUUUUGACAUGCAUUCACUGGAGAACUCGCUAAUUGACAUAAUGAGAGCUGAAAAUGAUUCACUGAAAGGUCAAUCUUCACUGUUUCCAAUGGAAGACGGGUUCUUGGAUGAUGGGCGUGGGGAUCAGACUCUUCACAGUGGUUUAGGAUCACCUCACUGCUUCUCCCAUCAGAAUGGAGAGAGAGUGGAACGGUAUUCCCGUAAAGUCUUUGUCGGCGGACUGCCACCAGAUAUUGAUGAAGAUGAGAUCACUGCUAGUUUUCGUCGCUUUGGACCUUUGAUUGUAGACUGGCCACACAAGGCAGAGAGCAAAUCUUAUUUUCCUCCUAAAGGAUAUGCAUUUUUGCUGUUCCAAGAUGAAAGCUCUGUACAGGCACUGAUUGAUGCGUGUAUUGAAGAAGAUGGAAAGCUCUAUCUUUGUGUUUCCAGCCCCACUAUCAAAGACAAACCGGUUCAGAUCCGGCCUUGGAACCUUAGUGAUAGUGAUUUUGUUAUGGAUGGUUCACAGCCUCUUGACCCACGAAAAACCAUUUUUGUUGGUGGUGUUCCUCGGCCUUUACGAGCAGUGGAACUUGCAAUGAUAAUGGAUCGGCUGUAUGGAGGGGUGUGCUAUGCUGGAAUUGACACAGACCCUGAGCUGAAGUACCCAAAAGGAGCUGGGCGGGUUGCAUUUUCUAAUCAACAGAGUUACAUAGCUGCUAUCAGUGCUCGCUUUGUUCAGCUGCAGCAUGGAGAGAUAGAUAAACGGGUGGAAGUUAAGCCAUAUGUCUUGGAUGAUCAGCUUUGUGAUGAAUGUCAGGGGGCCCGUUGCGGUGGAAAAUUUGCUCCAUUUUUCUGUGCUAAUGUUACCUGUCUGCAGUAUUACUGUGAAUAUUGCUGGGCUGCUAUCCAUUCACGCGCUGGCAGGGAAUUCCACAAGCCCCUGGUGAAGGAGGGAGGAGAUCGCCCAAGACAUAUUUCAUUCCGCUGGAACUAAAUGAUCACUGCAGUGCUCAUAUGCAGGCCUCAAAUUAAGUGCACUCUUCUGUUAUCCUGAUUGUCCCUACCCCACCCUACCCUUUCUAUUAUUCAAGAUAGCAUGUCCUUUUGUAGUAGUCUGUAAUUUAACAAUAGUAUAAUGAAAGAAUGACCUAUAAUAUGGGUAUUUUGUAGAAUCUUGUCAUUGAAAACUGUAUUGGGAACUCCUUUUCGUAUUGAUAAUAUGUUGCAUUCUCUUGUCUUUACUACCGAGAGAACACUUAAUUUCAUGCAACAUUUUCUUAGAGGAGAGAAAAAUAUUAAGAAAAGAGAAUUGAAACAAUAGAGUAUUUUGGUUUUUUAAUUAAAUUAUUGUUAAUAAAGAACAUAAGAAUACUUUUAUUAAAAUAACCGUGUAACAAUAACACUAUUGGUCUGUUCUGACACUUUUCCCCCAGGGAAGCCUGUUUUUGCCUCUCUUUUUGUUUCGACUUCGGAUUUUUCCAGCAACGGAUGAAGUUAGCAUUUACCUACCAACAGGAAAGAGCAUGUUUAAAGCAACAAAAAUGCAUGAGCAAAGUUGAAGCAGCAUUAUAAUAAUGAUUUUUUUUUUUUUUUUUUACAACCUGUUAAGGGUUCGAGGCUGAAAUUUUAGCUCGGUAUGUGCUCAGACCAUGCCUCUGACUACCACCCACAUCCAAAUUACUAAUGAGAUAGGCAGAGCUUACUAUAUUUUCAUCAAAAUGAUUACAUUUUAAGAAUUCCUGAAUGUAAAAGUUGAGUAAAGUUACUACUGAGGGGGGAGUGCACUUUUUUUUCUUUAAGAGAACUCAAUUGUCUUGUUACAGCCCUAGAAAUCCUACCAAAGCUAGAGUAAUGACAACUAGUUAACUGGCAUUUCCUCUCCUGAAGGAUAAAUAUAUAGAUUUUAUUUUUGAUGGCUAUAUAUAACUCUAUAUCCUAAUAUACUAACAUUCAUCAGGGGCCAGCCUUUGCUCUCCAUUUUGACGUGAAAAAGUAGAAAACCUAAAGAUACCUCAAGGAUAUCACUGAUUUUUACUGAAGUUUUGAUAUUCCAUUGUGUCACAGGAACUAAAAUUGGCUGCUUAUUCGUUUCCCAUCUUGGAUAUAAAGUUAGUUUUAAAUACCCUCUAACUUAGUUGUAACAGAAGGCAUGAACCUAAGUAGUUUCCAAGUCUUGUUUUGCACUGUUUUCUGAAUUUGUGCAUGAAAUGGUGCAAGUGUGCAUAUGCCUUUCUUACUCUUCCUGUAGAAAGAAUCCCAACUAAGAUUCCACCUCUUCAGAACUUAAUAUGGGGAAAUAAAGAAACACAGGUAUUUGAAGUGCCAACAUUGCUAAGUUAAUGCCUGCUUUAUUAUAAAUAAGUUCUACCUUGAGAAGCAUUAACACAGUACAUGUUAAUUGAAUGAUAAAGAGUGGGUGCAGGGGUUUAGUUUGAAAUAGUUGAAUGAAGGAGUAGUUCUGAAAAUUAUUUUUAUUACUUUUGAACUAACGCCCUGGCCAACUUGUCAAAUGCUCAUUUAGCAGUGUGCAAACAAACCGAUUUAGUGGCAAUCUUCUGAACUGCCCAAGGGGCAUGGUACCAUCCUGGAUUCUCUCAAACCAAAGACUUGCCUCAGCACUGCUUGGGAAACACCUGCUCCAUUAAAAGCCUUUGUCGGCCCCUCUCGUCCCCUUCCCCUGGCCCAGAUUAUCUUUAUGAGAAGCAGUUUUUAUUUUCAAUACAGGCUUUAAUGAACUAUACCUUACCAAGUUCCAAAGGUCAAAAUGGAGACAUUUGCUGUCUACUAGUCAAGUAUAGAAAGGGAGCUGCUUUUAAUGAAAUCCCUGAAAAUAUUGACAACAGUAAUGCAAAUGCAGAGUGCUCUUGUGUAGAUUGUCAGGGACUUUUUUUUCUCUGAAGUACAUAAUUAUAGUUGGAAUGUUCCUUUAAUUUUUUUAAUGCUUGUAGGUGGCUUGGGGUGUGCUAUUGUGCCGAUCCUACCCAGUAAACAGGUGAGAUGGGUUACCAUUACAAGAAAUAACACUGUUUGAGAACUAGCUUUGAAUAAUAAUUUUCCCUUUGUACAUGACCUGCUGAAUUUCGGUACAGUGUUUUUGUAGCUAACUUAUUUUGUCAUGCACAUAAUGUAUAUUUGUUAUGCACUACUUUUGUAUAUCUUGUUUUUCCAACAGUGAGCAUUUUUAGGCACACUUUUCACUGACGGGAUAUCUCUUUAUGCAAUACCUCAAUUUUUCAUAUUGCAAAGAGUAGCUUUUUGUACUUUUAUUACUGAGAGAUCUUCAUAUACUUCAUUUUUUAAUAUAAAUAAUUUUAAUAAAUUUUAUUUUCUUAUAUUCUGCUUUUUAUACAUUUCAGUGCUCUGCAUACAUUUUGAAUUAUGGAUGUUGUGCACUGGCAAUGCUAUUUUAGAAUCUGCAGAGAAAAGAAAGCAUGUUGCUUAAACAUCUUAGCCCAGCACCAGGUAUUUGGUGUACAUAUAAUUUAAGAAAUAGUAUAUGUAAAGUUGAGAAUUAAAGAAGAAAAGCAUGAAAGUGACAAAUGACACUGUCUUUAGACCCAUGAAAUUUAAAUGCAUAAAUAUAGUGUAGAAAUUUAAAGAAACAUCGAAAUUGUCUACCGCUUCUUACUAAGUUUUUAAAAAUUAUACACAAAUGCAGACGUUUUUGGUGAAUGUUUAGCCAUUUUUAAUAUUAAUAAAAAAUUGAUGUUAGGUGUUUGAUGCAGAAAUGUGUCUGCUCUUUUAAAUUAUAUUUAAAGAAUAAAAGAGAGCCUGCUAAGUGGCAGGCAUGUAAUGUUAGUAUGCAUGACUAAUGUAAGAAAUUGUUAUUCUACUAAUAUUCACUUGUGAUUGUGUGACAAGCGUGUUUACAGAUUAUUUGGUUACACUUCGAUUUACAGGGCAUAAACAAUUAUAUACAUUACUCUGUACUUAAAUAGUGAUUACAUGUCCUUCUGAUUACAUGGGAUUUGUAGUUGGGGUUACCGUGUAGCUCCAAACAUAAUUAACAUGUAAUUAGGUUACCAGUCUUAGGGUAUCACUUCGAUUUGCAAAGGGGUUAAUAAGCAUGUAGUUUUAUCACACUAGCAUGGCACCGGCCAUGUAUUUACAAUGUAGUUACAGAGUAAUUACAUGGUUAUUUUUGCAAUGUAAAAUAAAGUGUUUCUGAUUAUUUUAUAUGUAAAGGAACCCCACUGCCCCGUGCUUUUUGGUAUAGUAUAUACUUCUCCAUACACAGACCUCUGCAGAAUGCAAAUUUAAAACUUGCAGUGAAUGAAUUUAGCGUUUUAUAAGGAUGCUGUUGGAAAGACUUGAUAAUUCACCCCUUUUGUUUUUGAAGAGUUAAAACCUUCUGUUAAAAGGUGAUUUAAAACUUGAAUGUGAUGAAUUGUGGCAAGUUAACUUCAAGUUAUGUGCAAUACCUAUUUCAGACUUCUGGAAGAUCUUUGCAGUGUAAUUCUUUGUUUUUAAUUGCAGACAUUUAAAAAUGUCAUUUUCUACUGUUCUAGUAAAUCCUCUUUCUUGCUGGUGUUUCUAAAGAAAAGAAUCAGAAAUCAAUCUUUCUACUAAUGUAAAUUUGAGAUUAUUUUUAAAAAAAUGGAAUAAAAGGUUUUGGUCAUUUGCUUUAUUUUAUUAUCUUAUUUUAAAGCUACUGUGAUAGCAUUGUAAGAAUUGGGACAAUAUUGUAUUCAACUGUUUUAUUUUUUAUAUUUUUAAAUUUUAAAGUAUAAUUAGUUUUUAUAAUUUUCAUCAGAUUUUUUUGUUAUAUUUUUUGGAAGUGCAACUUUUAGCAAGUGGGUGUCUAGUUUUUACUAAUCCCUAAUAUGUUUUUCCCCGCAAUGUAUUGCUCAUAUUAUCAGAAGGAAAAGUUAUUUAAGUAUGUCAGUUAAUUGUACUACUUGGCUGAAUUUCCAUAUAGUUUUUACUGUGUAUGGGGAGGUUGUAGUAUUUAUUAUAGCAUUUUAAAUAAGGGUAAUUCAUUUUUUAUUAAAGUCAUUUUCACGUUUAAGUUCAUAUUUUUGUAUGUUCUACUCUAAGUUAUAUAACACAAGCUACUUUUUUUAAAGAGUUCAUUUGUUGAAGUGCUAGUGAAAAUUAAUGUUAUUAAAUAGUUUGCAAAUGACUAUUUAUACCAGUAUGCAUAUAAUUUUUAAAUAUUUGUAAUGUGAGAUGUUGAAUGAAUAAAACUUUUAACUCAA